UGUAUCACUUGAUGGAGCCUACGUACCACAGUUUGAGAAUGUGCUGUAUGGAUCAUCAAUAGAUAGAUUUUGAUUGACACUUUUACAGAACGAUCAUACAUCAGUGACUUGCAGUACAAUCAUACAUGCUAACAAUGAAAAACGUUAAGACCCAAAACUAUCGGAUUACUACUUAACGUGACGUCGUGCGUGACAGCAGCCAGCAGCCACGCAACCGUGCGUCUGCUGCUAUUUUUUUCCAUCCAAAACAGUCUAUUUUUAAAACAGGGGGUUGCACCCUUCUGUGAUGCACUGACAGGAAAGACAUCAUCAGAAGUAGCAGCACACACACAAGAAGCUUGAAGCAUUUCUUCAUUUCCAGGAUGCCUUUCGCGUCAGUGCGUAUUUGCGCAUGAGUCCACCCAACUGCGGUUUUGUGCAUUUUCAUUUGUCGCGAAAACAUGUAUCGGAUUCCAGCGUGUGCGUGUGUAGAGUCGCUAUGACGGCCGGCAGCGGGGCUAUGGGUGCAUUUACGGAAAGAGUGGAUAUCUGAGGACACCAUGCACGCCGUGGACGUAGCUGCUUCCGUGUUGCUCUCGGCCAUCAUUGCGGUGUCGCUGCUGUCCAACCUUGUGGUGCUGAUCUGCUUCCUCUACAACCCGGAGAUCCGCAAGCAAGUCCCCGCUCUUUUCAUUCUCAACUUGACCUUCUGCAACCUGUUGCAAAGUGUCUCCAACAUGCCGCUCACCCUGAUGGAGCUCCUCACAGCCGGGCACCACAAGAGCCAUGCGGGAGGGGGAGGUUUCUGUCAAAUCGUAGGCUUCCUGGACACUUUCCUCACCACCAACUCCAUGCUGACAAUGGCGGCGCUCAGCAUCGACCGGUGGGUGGCGGUGGUCUUCCCGCUGAGUUACCACUCCAGGAUACGGCACCGGGACGCGGUGAUGGCGCUGGGAUACACUUGGGCGCACUCGCUGUGCUUCUCCACCGCCGCCUCCUGCCGCUCAUGGGUGGGCUACCACCAGCUUUACGCGUCAUGCACCCUCCGGGGCGUCAGGGCCAAGGCAGGCGGGUUGCACUUUGUCAUCUUCACCGUGGCUCUGCAUACCUUCACCUUCCUCCUCGCCCUGGUGGCUAUGUGUGUGACCUACCUGAAGGUGCUGAAAGUGGCCAGGUUCCACUGCAAGCGCAUCGACGUGAUCACCAUGCAGACCUUGCUGCUGCUCGUGGACAUUCACCCCAGUGUGCGCCAGAAAUGCUUGGAUGAACAGAAGCGAAGGAGGCAGAGGGCCACCAACAAGAUCAGCACAUUCAUCGGCACGUUUGUGGUGUGCUUCACCCCUUAUGUCAUUACCAGAAUUGUAGAGCUCUUCUCCCCGGAGCCCAUCAACCCUCACUGGGGGGUGCUGUCCAAAUGUUUGGUCUACGGCAAAGCAGCGAGCGACCCCUUUGUCUACUCGCUGCUGCGACACCAGUACAGGAAAACCUGCAGCCUCCUGGCUCACAAAGUCCUCCGCAGGAGUCAGCGGGACUCAUUCUCCCCCGGACUGGAGGGGAAUGCCAAGAGAAAUGACAUCCAAGAGGCCACCAGCGCUACAGAGAGCGUCCAAGCAUGCGGCAGCAAGCCAUCACUUGUCCAGUGAGGCAGAGACGAUGAUUGUAUUUGUACCUACUGAGAGUGUCUUGGUGUUUGAUCUUUGAGGUCCAACGAGUGGCAUAUAAGUGAUUAUGUCCCUGUUCCACUGCAUGCUGCCUACUUGGAUCAGCACGGUUCUUUUUGCUAUAUUGACCAUUUUCCACGGGCACCACCACAUUCUAUUUCUCAUAGCUGGUUAGUCAGGAGUCCAAGAGACGACACCAUGACGUCCUCUAAACCGCUGCUGGUCUCUCAUCGGUUGAACGGAUGAGCCGUGCUUUUGUAACAUUUGAAAUAUGUCUCAAAAUGAGAAACGCAUGACUAAACUUCGCAGUCACCGCUUUCCAGCAGCGCCCUGGUUUCCUGCUGCCCUCAGUCUCGUGCUGCCCUCAGUCUCCUGUCGGAUAAAAAUGCUCACCCUGUUGUGGCAAACUGAACUCUGGCACAGAGGAUGCAAUGCAGAGCAACAACAUAUCGUCAGAUUCGUGUUCCUGGUCAUUUAACAGUCUUGUUGCUAGGCAGAGUUCAUCAGGCUCAAGCAUAACAGCCCCAUUGGCCAAUAAAAAAGAGCCAGUCACUCCCAGUAUGGUAGACAUUAUAUAUACUUGUCGUAGACAUAAUAAGAGAAAAUAAGCCAUCUUAGACAUAAAGAAGAUAAGAUAUUCUUACACGUUAGCAUGGACUGCGUACUUGGUUGCUGUUGUCUCGUCAAUGUAAACGACACCGAGAGACCAGUGUAGAAUACUACUCUGCCUAUGAUAAGGACAUGCUCAUGAUGCACUUCAAUUGCUUUAUUAACAAGCAGACAACGCAUGCAGUCAACCUUAACACAGGAGCUGCUGUCGGCCACUCUCUACACUGCUAACCUGCUGCUAGCGCUCAGCUAACAGGCAACUCUAGCCAGCUGAUGUCACUUCCCAGGCCCUGCUUCUCAAAGGCACACAAAACAAGUCACAGACACUGUAUUAAAUUUGCUGUUUUUUUACUAAUAUUAGACCGUAUUCAGCCAUAAAACAGCAAUAAUUUAUUCAUUCAUUAAUUUUGGGAAAAAACACUAUAGAGUGAGGGCGCAAUCUUCGAACUGCGGUGUAGCGAGGGAUGACUGUAUCUCCAAAUUUUCUGAGUUAAUGUAUCCGAACUAUGAAGAAAAAUGAUCCAAACAAAUUGGAAUCCAUGCUUUUCCUGAACGUUCCAUGUAUGGCGUCACUCACGGCCACAAAGAAAGCUCGAGCAUUGCUGUCGCUAGUCAAACGGGACUCAUGGGACCACACUAAAACAUCCCAACUGGAUGCGAUGAUUAAAAUUGAAGCAUAACCUCAAUGAAAAUCCCCCCUGGCCGGAUUAGACGUGCUGUAUGUGUUCAUGUGUUCAGGGGAUAAUGUAAAACGUGAUGGCGAUUAGGGACAGUAUAGCGGUGAAUGACAUAGGUUUGUAUGAUUAUGAUUCUGAUUAUUAUGAUGGAGCUCUCUGGCAUAUGAGUUCCAAGUGCCUUUCAGACAAUGACUUGGGAUCAAACACAUAACGUUUGUAUUGUUUACGUGUUGUUUUCGCAGCUCGAUGUAAGGUUGGUGAAACAGGUACGUGAGGAUUCAGCGAUGUGCUGUUGACGUUCUACCUCAUGCCACAUUUAGUGACAUCAGGUUUGUAAAAAAAGAAAAAAAAGACUCGGUAUCGGUAGCGCUGAUGAUGAAUUCAGGAUGUCGUAUUUGAAUGAGCAGUGUGACAAUGAAGCGUUGAAGUUGCAUUAAUGUACUUAUUUUUAUCAAACUGUAUGAAAACUGUUUCAAUAAAGGCUGUGCAAUGUGACGUUCUAGAUGGUAAACAUCUUAGUUCACGCUGCCAAAUGUGUGCAUUUAAUUUAAUUUAAUUGAAGAAAUAACUUAGAGGCUGAGGUAUAAGAGUUGUGCAAUAUGAUCAUCCAUCCAUCUUCUACCACUUACCCGAAGUCCCUGAACACCCCCACUGGGAGGCGUACUGACCAGAUGCCCAGAUUUACCUCCACCUCUACCUCCACCUCCACCUCUACCUCCACCUCGACCUCCACCUCUACCUUCAC